UUGCACAGGCACUGUGCUGUUAGAGUGGCAGAGAGAAGGUCGAGAGCGGAUUUUGAGCUGACAAGCCAUUUCCCCUAACAUUUUGCCACUCAAGAGAGAUUCGUUCAGUGCUGAUUUUGACAGCCUUCACACCAACCCACAGUGUCUCUUGGUUAACCUUAACUCUGUUCAGAUCAACACAGAGGGGGAGAAGAAGAGAAAAAAGGGAGGUGAGUUGCUACCAGCGCAAGUGCUUGCAGAAAUAGAGUGACCUCACAGAUUUAAGAGGAGGAGCCUUGGUUCAUACAUGUAGGGAUUUUCCCUAUGACAGAGAACCUCAAGAUAAACCUGGGGGAUUCCCCAGUCUGCCUUCAGAAAUAUCACUCUAGAAGCAGUCACAGCUUCACUCUGCUCUCACAGUCCAUCCUGCAAAGUCCAUCUGUUGCUGCUCUGCAAUCUGAAGCAGUAAAAGCCAUGUCUCUGGGAGUCUACACUCUGCUCAUCAUCCUGUGCAAUGUUUGGUGCUUGAUCCGUGGGACUUCUGUGAUGAUCCCAGGCAUUGCUGUGAGGUGUGCUGAAGAAGCGGUGCUGCCCUGUAAGGUUCUUCAGGACUCCUCAAUCUCCUACCAGACAGCAUCUUGGUAUAAAAUGGCUGGAGACAGCGAAGGAAUAGCAUGGGAGGUCCUUGAUGUGGAAUCUCAUUAUCCACGAGAAGCUGGGGGGUCCUUGGAGCUCUCCAAUGACACCUCCUUUUCACUGAGGAUCAAAAAUGCAACCAGCCGAAACAGCGGGACAUACAAGUGCACUUUGUGGGGGCAGAGCAGAGAACACAAUCUGAGCAGCACAGUCACAUUAAAAGUAACAGGUUGCCCUGGAAUAGAAGAGGACAAACUAAAAAAAUACAAAGGCGAGCUCUUCAUGCUGACUUGCCUUGGGAUUUUUUACUUGCUGCUCAUCUUCUUUACCUGUACAUGUCUAAGAAAAGAGAGUAUGUCUCCCAAUUACCAAAAAAACAGACCAGAUAUGAAGCACAUCCUCACCCUCAUCAACGUACAUGAAAUGACAACUUUCCAGCAUUUAAAUGGCAACAGCACUUGCAAAAAUGAGCCUACUUCAAGUUCUGUCUAAGCUGACGUUGAUGGCACUGUGGACUCAUCAGUAAACACAAGCUGGAUGGCUGAGUGGUAUGGAGAGGAAACAAACGAUAAGAUCUGGUCUCUUCAGAACAGCCUGAGAGUACAGGUACCUUGUCAGUGAUCUGCUUGUGCUGGACAAGCCUUCAACAAGCACUGUUAUGCACUACAGUAACUUUUGAGAGUUAGUCAGCUAAGAAAUACCUUUACAGCUACCCAAUGUGUUACAAGGCUGUUAUGACGUUGGUAUCAACUUUAUUUCACUCUGCUGUGAAGCCCUCUUUUUCUGAGCAAGAGCACGCUUCUAACAUGAAGACUGAGUUAUAGGGAGGCCACGGUUGUGCAAAGCCAGCAGAUUAAGCUCUUCACUGGACUGAUAUCUCCUACCUUUCCAAAACAAACACAACAGAUGCUGUGGUAUGAAAAGAUAAGUGUGUGGGGCUGUCUCUGCUCUGAGCCUGAUCCUGGAGUUCCCUUAUUGCAAAUGAGAUGUAACUCAUCAUGUGAUGUUCAAGUAGGCUGAAGAGGUAACUUCAUGCUCUUGCACUGGAUGGAUCAAAGCAACAUCCACUCUUAAAUCUUAGAGUGACAGACAGGCUGAGAAGGAAGAAGAUUUUCUCAAAAUCUUUCUGGACUGAAUGAACUUUUUAUCUCAGCAGGAGAAAUAGGGACAUAUUUUCCAGAUUAAUCUAUAGGAAGCUUCAACAAGACUGUUAAUCUUAAAUAAGAAUGAAGAAGACUGUGAUAUUAAGGACAUGUAAAGGUGACUUAUUUUGUGGUUUACAAAAUGUGGCGCCAAAUGUAUGCAACACUUAUGUCAGUCAAGUUACAUGAGUGAGAACCAAAGCCAUGGCUUGGAAGAAAUCAACCAACCAUGUCUUUGGGAUGUAUUAAGUUAAUUAUGAGACACAGGAAUGGAAGAUGGGGCAUAUGACCACCUGUUUUUGGUGCUGGCAGUGUAUAUAUGUGAAAAAAAGACAUGAGAAAAGCUGAACUCAGGCACACAAUAAAGGGGGGGAGAUGAUUUGUCCUUUUGGACCAAAGUGCAAGGGAUCCUGGAGUCUGAAUUCAAGGAACCUUCCUCUAUUGGAUUGCUAGUGCAGAAGGUGAAGGAAAAAGGAGUCUAGAGUGACUGUGGGUGCGUAUGCCAUAAUGUCAGAAUUUGAGCCCAAACAUCAGAAUUUGCAUACCCUAAAGAACACAGUCUUAAAAAAAUACUUCAAGAACUGAUUGGCAACAUUAGGAUUUUUAAUGUAGUUUGGAAUUUCAGGCUGUUGACAAAAAGAUCUUUCUUUAAUCCUGUAACUAAUUUUGAAGUGUUGAUGGGAAGAAAGCUGUACAUCACUCAGCACUGGCUCUGUGAGCAGGGUAGAUGUCUGCAUUGCUGGAGUCCAGGAGGCUCCUGACCAGAACAACUUCUAGUUAAAGGGAUUUGCAAAUUACUUAGAACAUAGUCAUGUCACAUUGGUUGGAUUUUUUUUUUAAUUUUUACAUUUAAAUGUGCAUAACAUACUUGAAAUAAGAAUUCAGAGGUAGCCUACCAUUUGGUUUUGUGUGCCACAGAUGGCAAAUAAACCCAGAAAAACUCCA